UCAACUUUUCACCUCCAUCAAGCUCGUAGCUCCUGCCUUCACGUCCAUCACCUCACUCCCCUCCACCACACCCACAACCAUCACAAUGGCCUCCGCUCGCAUUGUCGCCUCCAGGCUCGCUGCCUCCAUGGGCUCCAAGGUCGCCCGCCCUGCCAUCCGGGCUCAGAUGACCACCGCUGCCGCCAAGCGCACCAUCUCCACCACUCCCUUCCAGACCGUCAAGCGCCAGCAGGCCUCCAAGAUCCUGAGCACCACCACCCGCCAGGCUUUCCAGACCCGCCGUGCCUACUCCUCCGAGAUUGCCCAGGCCAUGGUUGAGGUUUCCAAGAACUUGGGUAUGGGUGCUGCCGCCAUCGGUCUUACUGGUGCUGGUAUCGGUAUCGGUCUCGUCUUCGCCGCCCUCCUGAACGGUGUUGCCCGCAACCCCGCUCUCCGUGGCCAGCUCUUCUCUUACGCCAUUCUGGGUUUCGCUUUCGUCGAGGCCAUCGGUCUUUUCGAUCUCAUGGUUGCCCUCAUGGCCAAGUUCACCUAAGCGCUUUCUCCCAACAUCUUGGAGGCUGGGCUUCACACCCCGUGAUGGAAGGUGUGACGCGAUAGUCCCGAACCCGAUCUUGUGUCGGCAUGUCCGAUCAGACCUGCAUAGUAAUAGACGGGCUCGGACUCAUGUGAUAGACGGAGGAUGUAUAGGAAAGAGGCGAAGGCAUAGCAUUUCAAGACUUGUAGAGAUGGAAGACGACUUGUCAACCAAAAAGUCACCUUCGGGGGACCUGUAAAAUACAAACACCAUCUUCAGGAAACCUCUUCUCACAGAGAUCCUCGGAAUGUCAAAAUUCGAGAUUUCCUUUUGUACAAACCAGAACC